UGGCUGUGGUAUACUGCCCACCAUUCCCCCUCCCCCUUUCCGGUUGGUAACCAUCGUACUUUACCUCAAUUCUACUCUCUCAUUCACACGGCAGUAGAGAGCUCCUCCUGUCGUCUACUCGCCAUGGCCGCUCCCGAAGCUCACCACCUCUUCCAUAACCCAAUUGCCGAUCAUUCUUUCUCUCCGGAUAAGGCGACCCUUGCAGUUGCGCGGGAAAGCAAUGUGGAGCUUUAUCAGAAGUCCGGCAACAAGUUCUCGUUGACCGAUGAACUCAAGGGCCAUGAGAAGACGGUGACUGGAGUGGAUAUCGCUCCCAACAGUGGACGUAUUGUUACCUGUUCUCAGGACCGCAACGCCUACGUCUGGGAACGGACCCCCACGGGUUGGAAGCCAACGCUGGUUCUCCUUCGGAUAAACAGGGCUGCUACAUUUGUACGGUGGUCACCUUCUGAACAGAAGUUCGCUGUUGGAUCUGGUGCUCGCGUGAUCGCGGUGUGCUAUUUUGAAGAGGAGAAUGACUGGUGGAUCUCGAAGCACUUGAAGAAGCCCAUCCGCAGCACUAUUACCACCCUUGCUUGGCAUCCAAACUCCGUUCUCCUGGCUGCGGGGUCGACUGACUCUCAUGCCCGGGUGCUUUCCAGCUUCAUCAAGGGUGUCGACACCCGCCCGGAGCCCAGCGCCUGGGGUGAACGGCUCCCCUUUAACACAAUUUGUGGUGAAUUCCUGAAUGACUCGGCUGGUUGGAUUCAAGGUGUAUCCUUCUCUCCUAGUGGAGAUGCACUUGCCUUUACUGGCCAUGAUAGCAGUGUCACCGUCGUAUACCCUAGUGCGCCGGAACAGCCGCCUCGGGCGAUGUUGACCAUCGCUACUCGUCUUCUGCCUUUCAACAGUCUGAUUUGGAACGGCGAGAACGAGAUCAUCGCCGCAGGCCACGAUUGCGAACCGUACCGCCUUCGCGGUGACGAGAACGGAUGGCAACUUGCUGGGACCAUUGAAAGCAAGGCAGGGCCGGGUGCUGGGAGCGCUCGCGAGGAGUCUGCUCUUAAUAUGUUCCGCCAAAUGGACCUCAAGGGACAAACCCAAGCCGACACCCAACUUAAGACUACGCAUCAGAAUACUAUUAGCACCGUUAGGGUCUACGAGGAGGCCGACGGCGUCGUCCGCAAGUUCAGCACGAGCGGAGUCGAUGGCCGCGUUGUUAUCUGGACCAUCUAGACAACUAUUUGUUGUGCUAGAUGUGCUAGAUUUAGCUCAAAGGCUCCAGCAUAUUGAAUGCAUUGGAUCCUUUACUGCGUCACAAGAAUAUGGAGCUUGGAAAAUAGCUUCAGGUAAAUAGAAUCUGACCAUUCCAUGUACACACCAUAAAUAACAAGGGCACUUGAAGUGCUUCGUAUCUGAUGGCCCUUCAUAAAGUAACAAUUCAAC